UUGACUUUUUUAUUUUAUGUUGCAGGUGCGAACCCUAUUUGUUAGCGGCCUACCUAUGGAUGCCAAGCCUAGGGAACUCUACCUCUUGUUUCGAGCCUAUCAGGGUUAUGAAGGUUCAUUAUUGAAAGUAACCAGUAAACCUGGAAAGAAUCAAUCGCCUGUGGGCUUCGUCACAUUUGAAUCGCGUGCAGGUGCAGAAGCGGCGAAACAGGCACUCCAGGGAGUGCGGUUUGAUCCAGAGCUGCCACAGACGAUACGGCUGGAAUUUGCCAAAUCUAACACCAAAGUGACCAAACCUAAACAGACAUCGCCUUUACCUGCCAUAAACCCAGUGGUAGGACCACCUAUUACCCCCAGGGAUCCUUAUGAUCUGGGAACAGUUUUUCUACCUGGUGCACCUGAAACAUGGGCACAUCAUCCGUUAUCGUACACAGAUUUAACGCCUUCAACUGGAGGUGUGCACCAUCCAGUGUUAGGCCAACCAGCCAUCCAUGCACAGCUACCAGUUACAGAUGGAGCAAGACUUGCUUAUGUCUUGCCUCACCACACCCCCCAGGCUGUCGCACAUACCCCCACGCCACACACCCCCCUCCCCCACCAACAAACCAUCCCCAUCAGUAUGGCCAAUGCAGCCACUAUGGUAGCCAUGGCCAACUCGGGGGCUGCCUGCUCAACGCUUUUUUUGGCCAACCUGGGGACUAAUACAUCAGAGCAGGAAUUACGCGACACACUCAGGUGCCUCCCAGGUUUUAACCGACUACGCAUGCAUAACAAAGGAGGCGCCCCAUGCUGUUUUGUGGAAUUCCAGAAUGUAGGGUUUGCUAUGCAAGCCCUGGCCCACCUUCAGGGGCUGAUGCUGAAGUCAAGUGACCGCGGUGGCCUUCGAGUGGAGUUUGCCAAGGCAAAUAUGGGUGAGCCCAAGAGAAUAGAAAUGACUACCCAUCAGCUGUCUCCGUCAAUGCAACCCCAGUUGGUAUUCCAGUGAUGCAGUUGCCAUGGUAACCAUAAUCCCUCUAAAUCAAACGGUGCAUGCAAGAGAGUGAGCGAGAGAGAUAAAGUCAUUCUAGCCUAGCAAUUCUAUCAUUAUGUGUAUAUUAUGUUUAUUUAAGGAAGAGAAAGAAGACCAAUCUAAUUAUUGUUUAUAAAAUAUCUUGUUUCCUUCAGAUGUUUAUAUUUUGAAGAAAAAUGGAUUGUAAUCAUGAGUAUAUAAUUGGUGAAAAAACAAAUUUCCAGUGUUUGUGUAUAUCGUACUGUUAUGUGAUUGUAGAUUUUGGAUGAUUAUUAGAGAAUUCUAGAAAUUCUAUUGAGUGCAGUUAUUAAUUUCUUUGUAGUAUAUAUAUAUAUUGAGUAGUUAAAUUACGUUUCAAUGAAAUAUGUUGUUUGAAUUGUGUCAUAAACUUGUAGUGAUUUUUUUAUUAUUUUCAUUAUUCAAACGCAAAAUCAUGAAAUCUAAAAUAAUGAAAUUUGAAAUCUUGAUGAAAAAUUACUUUCAUAUUUAUUGAAUAUUUCUUUAUUUAUCCUUUUCGGUGUAAUAUCAGAUUUUUAAUGCUCCUGGAUAUGUUGUUUAUUUUCAUAUAUUGACCAGUACUUGCAAAUCGCAGAUACAUUUUGAAAACUUAAGUGUGUGCUUGGGUGUAAUAUUUUAUUAAAUCUUUUAAAAGCACACAGAGACACCAAUUUAGUUCUAAAUUGCUCACCAAUCACUUCUUUGUCAAUCACUUACAAUAAUAUAUCAACCUUUACCUGCACUAUUGAAAUGCAUUAUCCCAUUCCAGUUUUCUCAAUAUUUUGAACAUUAUAUUGUUUACUGCUUGUACAUCAGUCACCAAGAGCACAAUGGUAGUAUAUAUUUGAUCCUUUACUUGCACAAGGUAUUUGGCACUUAAUUGACAAGGACUGAAAAGGCCAGUCAAUAACACUGAUUAAUGUUUCAGAGAGGGUUUCUUCUGUUGAAACAAUGAAUUUAUUUCUCUAUCAUUGCUGCCAUCUGUUGGAAAUCAAUGUGAAAAGUUGAGAUAUGGCACCAAAGGCAUUUAAUCACUUUACUACUUUUUUACCUUUUUGAAGUGGGUUUUACACAUUUUGAUGACAAUGAUUCCCCAUUAUCACAAAAAUGAAAAGAUAUGUGGAGAACUAGAAUAAUUUGUGAAGAUUUCCUUUUACUGCAUUGUUUGAAUUACACUUAAAGCAUUUUCAUUAAAGCAGAGUUGAUUGAUACUGUGUUAUUGUUUUUAAAUCUAAAUGUGAACAUCUAUUCCAAAAUACAUUUUUAGGCAUACUUGCACAUAUUCACAAUAGUCAAUUAACUAAUGCACAGGUCUUGUCAAGAGCUACACAUACACACCAUUUAUUAUGAUUAUUAACACCAAAACACUUGGGCACAUUGAGUGGUCACGCAGAUGUCUUUGUGGAUGUUAUGCACCAAACUGUCCUUUUUUCACAGCCAGAUUAGUGUAGCCGCCAACAGACUUGCCUAGAAAAAGAAAAUCUGGCUAAGUUAUUAUAUGUAGAGAUACUUUAUCAUUAUGAAACAUGGUGCAGUUUUUUGCUACGAAUUGUAAAAAAAAUAUUUAAUUUUUUUUAUGUGAGCAGAGGAAGUCAAGUGACCUAUAUACUUUUUAUUGGAAAGAAAAAGUUUUACCAUCCAUACUUGUAAAACCAGAAAGUGCUAGAUUGUAAAGUUUUUUUUUGAUGACAUGAGCUGAUGUAAUGUUUUUGUUACAUAACAUAAACUGGUCUUGUUCUGUAAAUAUUGAUCUAUGAAUCUUGUGUUGAUAUCUGAAACAGCAGGGUAAGUUUACUGAGACAAAAGUCUUAGAUUUAUUCAUUAUUUCUAGUAAAUCCUUUUUUAUUCUUUGCUGAUAAUAGCUUAGUUUCCUUUCUCAACAAACCAACCAAAGAGUUUUGUUUAAGAGUGAUAGCGGCUGAUAUGCAUAUCUUUGAUUGUCCUUUUUCCCAAGAAAGCCAUGUUGUUUAAAAUUCAAAUUUUAGUACAUCACUAAAGGAAUUGCUAAUGAAAGAAAAUUCUGUUUUGAACUUCUAGGUUUUACUUAAACUGUACCAGAUAGGUAAAUUGUAUGAAAGUUCAUUUCAAUAGUUUUUUUAUAUAAGCCAUGAGAAUAUUACAGUAGCUCUCCCUUCUAGGCUAAAUUUAUUAAUGAUUUUUGAACAGAUCUUUGUUGAAAUGGUAGAAGAAUGAUGAUGACGAUGUGAUGUUAUUUUCUCUGUUUUUGUAUGCUUUUUAAGUCCAUUGUAACCUAGUAUCUCACAACCAUUCCUUACUCAUCAGACUAGAUGAUGUAUAUUUGAUGAGCACAAUAUCUCAAAAUAAUGCAAACAUGCACCUUUAUCCUUGAUCUUUUCAAAAUAGUAAAAUAAGAGGAGUACCCCCCCCAAAAAAAAGAUAGUAACUAUGGGUUUAGAAGAGGGAAAAUGGAUUUACUGAUAAUUUCCUUGCAAUCGACCUAGAAAUGGGGUGAUUUUCCCCCACCACAUCAGGUGUCUUAGUCUAGUUUGAAAGAAACAUACUGCAUAACUUGAAAUGUAAUGGAAUUGGGUACUCUCUUUCCAAAACUUUAUUAUCUCAGUUCAAUGCUGCUGAGUCUUGCAAUUCAUUUUUUUUGUUGAGUAGAAAAAAAAGAGUAAACAUUUUUACCUUGAGUAUCAAACCAAACUCGCUUUGUUUGGUUUAAGAAGUGCCUGUUUUGGAUAAAAUAUAGAUGACAAUGAUGAAUAUUGUUUGUACAUAUGGUAUAUAUAAUUAUCAUGAUAAUCGUAAGUAUUUAGUAUAUAUUGUAAUUUUGGUCAUAAUUUAUACAUUUUAGUGAUUACCUUAAAGUGUUCAAUGUGUGAUAAUGCUUUUGAAAUCUUUAUUAAUUUGAUACAUUUUUUUUCAUUAUCCCAUUAUUUGUCCACAUUUCCCUUAUUUUGAAAGGCAAAGAUAACAAUCAGGUGGAUGUGAAUAAUUAGAAAUAUUUUUUUCAUAUAUUGAUAAGUGCAGAUAGAUUGGAUGAUUACAAGAAGAUAAAAAGUCACAAUCUAGGGCUGUCAAAAUAUUGGGCUAGUUUGAUUUAUUUUUAGAAUAAGAAAUUCAUUAUUAUUUAAAGGCUUCUCUCUUGGACUUUUUUUUGUUUGAGAACAAUGGAUUUGGUCCGCAAAGGUAAAGGGUAUGUUUUGGUCAAGUGAAAUCGUUGGGAUUAUGUAAUUGAAAUAUGACUUUGAAUAUUUCAAUCUAUCAAUUGAUCAUUGCCCAUCUUUGUUGGAGAUAUGUAUUUCAAUUUUCUAAAGAAAACGUUUUCACAUUGAUAUGAAUGGAUGAAUUAAAUCAGUAAUGAAUUGAAAAAAAUAUAAGGAUGAGAAGUGGCAAUGUCCCUAGGUGACCAAACCAAAACAUUCAGUCAUGAUUUCAUGUAUCUUUUUUUUUUGCUCUCAAACAGAAAGUAUUGUUUCCUUGAAGCCUUGGAUUAUCAUAGUGACUUCGAUGCAGAGCAGUACCACCUAUGUACUAUUAAAGUGAACUAUUCUGUUGGUACUAGCAUUUUGAAUUUGAAAGUACUGUACUAUUGUUUUUCCUAAGUAUUUAUUGUUGGUUUAUACCAUGUCCUAAAUGAGAUUUUCCAUUGGAAUUUCAUUAAAUUUUGUGAAAAAUA